AUGUCCACAAUUAUCUACAUUUCCUUCUUGGAUGAUAGUUUUUUUUUGGUGCAAUUCGGAGAUGGUUCGAUAGGAAGUAAGACUGUUGGAUUAUGGUAUGCAAAUAUAACACUUCCAAAUGGUACACGCGGUAGUCUAACAAUGGCAGCAUCUCUGAGUAAAAGUGACGGUUUCUUCAUCGACCAUGAUUGUCUUCAAAUGCAGGAUGCAGAACCUCAACAACGCUGCUCGCUUAUAGUACCUAAUUGUAAUGGCUAUAAACAAUACGUUUACAAAGCACCAGAACUCGUUGCGAUAUGUCCUGAAUCAACCACAUCGCCUGGUGUUGAAGUACAAAUCACUGAAAGAUCAGGCUAG